AUGCCGGUGAAGCGACGGCGUGUCUCUCAGGGACUGGGGUCAUCGACCGCAAGGAACGCUUCGUCGCUCAAUCAUACGCGGAGCACAUCCAUUGAGGCACUCCUUGACGGCGGCCUUCCUUAUUCAAGAAAGCUACGUGGGCAUACUGCCUGCGUGAACGCGCUCGCCUUCUCUCAGUCCGGACGCUGGCUCGCAAGCGGCGGAGAUGAUCCACACAUCCGACUCUGGGAUUUCCAUCAGGAUGACUUGCGGGAGCCAUCACAGCACUUCGCUGGUCAUAGGACCAACAUCUUCGCCCUAGCGUUCUCGGCAUCGAGCAAGUUCCUCUAUUCAGGAGCAACAGACAAUAGUAUUCACACAUACGACCUCGAAUACUCGCGCUCGUUGGACUCGCGAGCCGUUUCUGACCCGGAUACUAUCCACUUGUUACACAAGGACAGCAUCCGUGGUUUGUCGUGCCACCCACAGCACGACGAGAUCUUCCUGAGUGCCAGCGACGAUGGCUGCAUCAUCAUGCACGACAUGCGCGCGCAGAGCACACUGACCCGGGCACAGGGUACGCUGCAACACGAUACCGAGUUCACCAGCGUGCAGUUCCACCCCGAGAUGCCGCAUAUUUUUGUGACGAGCGAUAACCGUGGGGAGGUGUGCUUGCGCGACACGCGGACAGCGUUCGGGCCAAGAAGCCAGAGGCGGGACAAGGGCGUCGCGCAGAAGUAUGUAACCACGAUCUCGAAGCCGUCCACACGGUACCUCAGCAAUCCGGAGGUUAGCAGUGUGACGUUCGAUCGCACAGGGACGAAGUUGGCUGCAACUAUGACACACUUCUCCCCUACUAUCUACUCACUCUCUGAUCCAUAUCCAAUCGCUGUGUGUACAGCGUCUACCCAGCCCGAUGGCUCGCCCAUACCACAGGGUGAGCGUAGCUAUGCGAACUCGUGUACCAUCAAGCAUGGUUCCUUUGGCGGUGGCGGAGUUCUCGACGACCCCUACUACUGUGCAGGCUCCGACGACUUCCGGACUUACAUAUGGAAAAUUCCUUCCCCUGCCAUUCUGGCGCAACAACGAGAAGAGUAUAUUAGUGACGACUGGUCAAGCGAGAACUCCAACACAAUUGGUGCGUGGCUCUUUGCUACCCUAUUCAGCUUUCGUUCCCUCAGCUAUCGGUUUCCAGGCUUCGCUGCAUCCUCUACAGAUGCGCGGCGUGUCCCUGUUACGCUCUCGCGGCCCGUUACCCGUCUCACUGGUCACAGCUCUAUCGUGAACACAGCCCUCAUGCACCCCACCUUUCCUGCUGUCCUCACAGCCGGCAUCGAACGCGACAUCCUCUUGCACUCGCCCACACCCGCCGCGCCUUUCCUGCCCUCUACCUCCCUGACUCUGACGCCAACGGCUGUGCGGCCUCUUCCUCCGGCUGAGAUGGCUUGGUCUCGACGCGUCAUGCGAAUGAUGAUUCCGCAGACCCUGGACGAAGUCGAGCCUGAGGACGAUAGCACGACUAUCGCAAUGUUCGACCAAAUUAUCUGCGAAGAGAGCGACGCGGACGUGUUCGCUGUGCGGAGAUGGAAUGGAGAUGCGCACGGGGACGAGGAUACGGAUGAUGCCAUGACAGGCAUCGACGAAGCAUGACACUUCUGUGACCACUUAUAUCACGGUCGGUGUCCACAGUAUCUGUCAGCUUUAGGGUAGAGGUUUUCUGCGAUACGAAACCACUUUAGCAACAAUCGUAGACCAACGUACGACGGAUGAAUUAAGUCACACUCUGACCACAGCGACUGGAGUCUGUGAACAGACCUCCUGGCGGGGCUGGGUAUCGCUCUCGCCAUGCCCGGCAGACGCGUCGAGAGGCCGGUGCGAUGCCCCGAUAUGUGCAGGGGCGCGGCGGAGAGGCCGG